GGCAGGCUGGCUUCCGGCGGGAGCGGCGCCGCGGAUGGCUGCGUACAGGGCAGCGCUUGGGGCUUCGCUCGCGGCUGCCCGACUCUUGCCCGUCGGCCGCUGUCGCCCGUCGCCCGCGCCCCGCUCUACCUUGUCGGGCGCCAACAUGGAGCCCGCGCCUCGCUGGCUGGCGGGGCUACGCUUUGACAACCGCGCCCUGCGCGCGCUGCCCGUGGAGGCGCCGCCGCCCGGUCCCGAGGGCGCCCCGUCCGCGCCGCGGCCCGUGCCCGGGGCCUGCUUCACCCGCGUGCAGCCCACCCCGAUACGGCAGCCGCGCCUCGUGGCGCUGUCGGAGCCCGCGCUGGCGCUGCUGGGCCUGGGCGCGCCGCCCGCGCGCGAGGCCGAGGCCGAGGCCGCGCUGUUCUUCAGUGGCAACGCUCUCCUGCCGGGCGCCGAGCCCGCCGCGCACUGCUACUGCGGCCACCAGUUCGGCCAGUUCGCCGGGCAGCUGGGCGACGGCGCCGCCAUGUACCUGGGCGAGGUGUGCACGGCGACUGGCGAGCGCUGGGAGCUGCAGCUCAAGGGCGCCGGGCCCACGCCCUUCUCCAGACAGGCCGACGGUCGCAAGGUCCUACGGUCAAGCAUCCGGGAGUUCCUGUGCAGCGAAGCCAUGUUCCACCUGGGAGUCCCCACCACGCGGGCCGGCUCCUGCGUGACGUCCGAGUCCACGGUGGUGCGCGACGUGUUCUAUGAUGGUAAUCCCAAAUAUGAACAAUGCACGGUUGUGUUGCGUAUAGCUUCCACUUUCAUAAGGUUUGGAUCCUUUGAGAUUUUUAAGUCUGCAGAUGAGCACACAGGGCGUGCAGGCCCCAGCGUGGGGAGGAACGACAUUCGAGUGCAGCUGCUCGACUAUGUCAUCAGCUCCUUUUACCCCGAGAUCCAGGCUGCUCAUGCCAGCGACAGCGUGCAGAGAAACGCCGCCUUCUUCCGGGAGGUGACGCGGCGCACGGCGCGGAUGGUGGCCGAGUGGCAGUGCGUGGGCUUCUGCCACGGCGUGCUCAACACUGACAACAUGAGCAUCCUGGGGCUCACCAUCGACUACGGGCCCUUUGGCUUCCUGGACAGGUACGACCCCGACCACGUGUGCAAUGCCUCCGACAACACCGGCCGCUAUGCAUACAGCAAGCAGCCUGAGGUGUGCAAGUGGAACCUGGGGAAGCUGGCCGAGGCCCUGCAGCCAGAGCUGCCCCUGGAGCUGGGUGAGGCCAUCCUGGCCGAGGAGUUUGAUGCCGAGUUCCAAAGGCACUACCUGCAGAAGAUGCGCAGGAAGCUGGGCCUCGUGCAGGUGGAGCUGGAGGAAGACAGGGCGCUGGUGUCCAAGCUCCUGGAGACCAUGCAUCUGACCGGUGCCGACUUCACAAACACCUUCUACUUGCUGAGCUCCUUUCCAGUGGAGCCAGAGUCGCCAGGCCUGGCGGAAUUCCUGGCCAGGCUGAUGGAGCAGUGUGCCUCCCUGGAAGAGCUGAGGCUGGCAUUCCGGCCCCAGAUGGAUCCCCGGCAGCUAUCCAUGAUGCUGAUGCUGGCACAGUCAAACCCACAGCUGUUUGCACUCAUGGGCACUCGGGCGGGCAUCGCCAGGGAGCUGGAGCGUGUGGAGCAGCAGUCUCGGCUGGAGCAGCUGAGUGUGGCAGAGCUGCAGAGCAGGAACCAGGGCCACUGGGCUGAUUGGCUACAGGCGUACAGAGCCCGGCUGGACAAGGACCUGGAAGGCGCCGGGGAUGCUGCCGCCUGGCAGGCUGAGCGUGUGCGCAUGAUGCACGCCAACAACCCCAAGUACGUGCUGAGGAACCACAUUGCGCAGAACGCCAUCGAGGCUGCUGAGCGCGGGGACUUCUCAGAGGCAAGUACACGCCUGUCCCUGUGGUCCCUGGGAGGGGGUCGGCCCCAGACCCCUCUCACCCUCAUGACCCUCCAGGUGCGGCGGGUGCUGAAGCUACUGGAGACCCCUUACCACUGCGAGGCGGGGGCCGCCACAGACCCCGAGGCCACGGAGGCCGACGGGGCGGACGGCAGGCAGCGCUCCUACAGCAGUAAGCCCCCGCUCUGGGCAGCAGAACUGUGCGUGACAUGAUCUUCGUAACGGCCUCGGCGCGCUCCACACCCCGGAGUCUCCCGAGGCCCCCACGUGCUGCUGAGUGGCCGAGACGGUGCCGGGCGCCCUCUACACUGGGGGACUCUGCCCUGGCCCAUGCACACCCGUCUUUCCAUGAUGGCAGAGACAUCCAGUCAGGACCUGACCCGUCUCUGUCUGAGGCCAGCUCAGCAGUGCAGCCUGGUCCCUGGGGGCUGGACCCAGGCUCCUAAAUAAACCAGCAACUCCCUCA